AUGGCGCAACAGGAAACGCAGGAUACCGCGCAAGAGCCGCUCGUUCUCAAGCUUCCUCACCCAUAUCUAACCGCAUACACUAUCGUUAAUGUGGCACCGAAAGGACAGCUCAUAAGCUACCAAGUUCAGCUUUCUUCAGCAAACAUCACAGGCAAGGAGGUUGCUCCGCCGGCAGUUCUACAUAACGAAACUGUUUCAUUCACCGACAUUAGCACCUUGAGCCAAGAUGCAGUACCAGCGAAGGGAGACAACAGUUCUUGGGCUCGCACUCGAAGAUCCCCAUAUGUAACAGUCUCUUGGAACAAGGAUCGGCCAACCGUCCCGCAACUUUGGCUCAUUGCCUACGCGUUGGUCUCACUGCACCCGCUAGUUGAGAAUUUCCGCGUGCUAUUCUCUGGGAAAGACUCGCAGGAACUAGCCAAUGAGCUUUAUGCCACCGGCCUUUUCCACUCGCAUCCAAAGGCUUCCAAUGCUUCGGCGCCUCAUGAUGGUCACCUCCUCUUCCGAGGAACAUUCUGGCAGGGCGCCGCAUCUCCAUUCGGUGCUCGUCCAGUCUGGGCACCGCACCUUCACGCCUCUGGAAAGCCGAUCCAGAGACCAUAUCCUCCAUUUCCGUUUCAGAAUGCACCAUCGACUCAGUUCCCGGCUGUACCACGGCAUACGCAACAUCCUGUCCGUGAACCAAAGCCCGAGCCUGGCUCGAUCAUUUACAGCCGAUGGGUGCCACACCUGAAGGAGCAUUUUACAAUGGUGGCUCUUGACUACACCAAUGAUGAGCAUCUCCGACUAUUCAACAAGUGGCAAAACGACCCACGUGUCGCUGCAGGUUGGAACGAAACCGGCACUCUGGAUCAACACCGUGAAUAUCUCCGAAAGCUGCAUGAGGACCCCCACGUACUCACCAUGUUCGCUGCUUUCGACGACAUUCUGUUUGCCUACUUUGAGGUUUAUUGGGCAAUGGAGGACCACAUGGGUGCUCACUACCAGUCUUCGCCAUAUGACCGCGGCAGGCACUCACUCGUCGGCGACGUUCGAUUCAGAGGGCCUUACCGCGUUUCUGCAUGGUGGUCUGGCCUCAUGCACUACAUGUUCCUUGAUGAGCCACGCACCUGGAACCUGGUAGGUGAACCAGCAGCAACAAGCAGCACUGUGCUAGCAUAUGACUUCGCCCACGGUUUCCACGUUGAGAAGAUCAUGGACCUUCCACACAAGCGCAGUGCUUUGAUGAUGGUUAAUCGAGAGAAAUUCUUCACAUUAAGUCCUUUCACCUGGGACGGGGAGAAGAAAGUUCGCCCAAGCCUGGAUGCAGGUGCCAAGUCAAAGUUGUAG